UGUCGCCACCGCGCCGGCGCAAAGCUGGAGGCGGGGCUGACGGGUCCAAACGACAGCGGCUCCACCCUCUGACAGGCCGCGCGCAUGCGCACCACCGUCCCGGCCUUGGCGCCUGGAGCGAAGCGGCUUUUUUUAAACGGGCGGAUGGCGGAGGCCUACGUCCCGGUGGAAGCAGGGCUGGGCCCCGAAGAGAGCUUCCUUUCCCUGGAGGACAUCCUCAUGUCCCAGGAGAGGCUGCCGUGCCGGGCGGAGACCGACUUCCCCCGCCUGGCCGCCGUCCUGGGCAAGGCAGCGGCCGCUCCGGCCUCUAGCGACGUCCUCCCUCAGGGCACCAAACUGGAAAUGCCUCUCUGGCUGGCCAAAGGCCUGUAUGACAGCAAGCGGUGGAUUCUGUCGGUGGAGCUGCCAAAAAUUUACAAGGAGAGCUGGCGGACCGUGUUCAGUGCCGAUGCCAACGUGGUCGACCUUCACAAGUUGGGCCCCUACUACUAUGGGUUUGGUUCCCAGAUGUUAAAUUUUGACAAUCCUGAAAACACUCAACUAGCACAGACAAUAUUGCAGACCUUUAUUGGCCGAUUCCGUCGGAUUAUGGACUCCUCGCAGAACGCUUUCAACGAGGACACGUCUUCAUUGGUGUCUCGACUAGAUGAGCUGGAGCGAGGCUUAUUUCAAGCAGGCCAGAAAGGACUCAAUGAUUUCCAGCGCUGGGAAAUGGGCCAGGCUGCCCAGAUCACGGUGUCAAGCCUUGUCCAGAAUUACAAGAAGAGGAAAUUUAGUGACCUGGACAGCUGAGAGCUUGAAGGGGCAAAUUAGGCUUUCAAAGGGGCUGCUUGUUGGGCAACAGACAAAAAAGGAAUGGGCAUUCAUGUUACCAUACCCUAUGUCUAGUGAACUCUCGGUUCACAUGAGGAUCUGUUGGUCUGUUCUGGUUUUAUGGGCAGUUAAAUAAACACAGCAAGCAUCCAUUAAAAAAAAAGAGCAGUAAUUCAAUGUAUGUUUCAAGUAAGGGUUGCAGAAACUGGGCAAAAAAGAUGAGCUGUUUCCAGUUUACUUGAAAGCAAAAUAAACCCUCUGAACUCUCUUGCUGUGAAUACUGAGGAAUCACCAAAAGGUGUCAAUGUAGACAUCUCUGCUUCUCUAGAAUUCCCUGGGGAGGCCGUGCCAUUUAAAGAAUUCCUGCUUUGACCAUUUGAGGAUCACUCAGAUGAAUGGGCAUUUGUCAGAUUCACUUUUCUUUUAAGUCUCAGCCACAAGCAAAUUAUGUCUAGCAAAAAGGGUUGCCUUCAUAGUGUCAGUCUACCAAAUAAGUAGCUAGUGGGACUUUAGAGGUGGUGUUCAGCCCCCUUUCCUUUUUUUCCCGGAUCAAGAUGCCAUGGUAACAUCCAAACAUGACUAUUAAGGUGAGACCCUUUUCCAGAAAUUCCCGCUUUUUGUAGCCAGACAAAUUGUGGGGAAAGCCCUAAUGGUGUCUCACACUUGCUUUUGUUGUAUAUUUUACCACUGGUUUUAUUGUGUGUUUCUUUUCAUAUUGAGAAUAUUUCUGCUGCUUCCAGUGAUUACAAUUUAAUAUUUGACAUGUUCAUGUACUACAAAAGUCUGUUUCAGUGCCAUAUUUUUCUCGGCAUUAGACAUUUUUGCCUAUGACUGUUAUUUAUAGCUUGCAUAGAGUACUAAAUGCUUUAUGGUUCUUUCCCCUCCGGCCUCCAUUUAACCAGCUAAUCUUGGGAGAAGGCAUUUUAACAUUAAAACCCAUUAAACAUA